AUGAAGCCAGUAUUAAACCCUGACAUGGCUGUGAUGGUUUACCUGCUGAUGGAGCAGUGCCAAGCCUUCAUCUUCAGAGAGUCGAUGGUGAAUAAACCCUUGACCCUCCCGUGUAGCUGCUCAGGACAUUGUCCAGAGGUCCAGUGGAUCCGCUUCAUUCCUAAAAGAGCCGACGUUGCUCAGAGCGGGAUGUGUCCCAAACAACAGCAUUCACAAAGCAGAUAUUCAGUGUCAGGAGAUACAAGCAGAGGAGAUUUCUCCCUGACCAUCAGUUCAGUAGCCUACAAUGAUGCCGGCUCCUACAUGUGCAGCUGUAAUGGACAAUCAGUUACUGAAGUAAAGCUGAAAGUUAUCGUUCCGACAUUUGUAAAGGCUUUGGAGGGGGAGAACGUCACCCUCCCGUGCUACGGAGACACUCGAUAUGACGUUAAAGAUAUAAAAUGGAUGAAAGAUGGACACAGGGUUCUGCUGUACACUCCUGCUAACAGAUCGGUGACUACUGAAAGCAGAUUUACGAUGUCAGUAGAAGGCUUUCUAGACGGUGAUCUCUCUCUCCACAUCAGUCCAGUUCACCCGUCUGAUGCAGGAUUAUAUCAGUGUCUCAUCCAUGAUGAAUCUCAGGACGGAGAACCAGGAGCUGUUUUACUGAAGGUAGAAGGGCUACAACAAUUCACAACCAACAACAACGCUCAAGUUUCAGUACUGCAUGUGCUACUAGGAUUGUUCAUCAUCAUUUACAUUGUGUUAGAAAGCAGAGACUGA